AUGAAGGAGCCCAGGGCCUGCCAGGACCACGGGGGACAGUGGGUGUCUCUGGCCACCCAGGCAGCAGAGGACCUCAGGUGGGUGCCCAGCAGCACCCUUGAGCCACCUUUGCCUUUCACCCAGGGGCUGCCUGGAGCUGAAGGCUCCCCGGGAGCAGCUGGCCCAGCCGGCCCCAAAGGUGACAAGGGGCAAGCAGGAGCCGAGGGCUUGAAGGGCAGCGUGGGACCCCAGGGACCCAAAGGUGACCUGGGUGAGGUCGGCUGUGCCCGGAGAGGUGCCCCAGGCAGCAAGGGUGCCAAGGGUGCUCGGGGCCUGCCAGGAUACCCUGGGGCUCAGGGUGAUGGGGGUGAGAGAGGAGCCCCGGGGGACCAGGGGCCACGAGGGCUGCCGGGGCGCAGGGGUGAUCCCGGGAGCAGGGGAGAAGCUGGUGGCCCUGGCAGCGUGGGACCCCCAGGAGAGAUGGGUCCAAAAGGAUCACCAGGAACUGCUCCAUCCACGGUAUGGGAUGCUGGUGGUGGACUGGUUGGGGAUGGGGGGAAUUCAGCCCUGAGGGCCACCACCUCCCCCUCCUGCCCGCUCUACCCCACCGAGCUGGUGCUGGUGCUGGAGUCCUCCUCCACGGUGUCCCCAGCCCUCUUCUCCCGCAUGAAGGAGCUGCUGGCUCUGCUGCUGCGGGACCUGCAGGUCUCCCCCGCGGGAUGCCCGGCGGGGGCUCGGGUGGCCAUGGUAGCCUACGGGGCCAGCACCACCUCCCUGCUGCGUGCCGGGGAGGUGGGCAGCAGGGCCGGGCUGCUGGCUCGGCUCCGCCGCCUCUCGCCCACCCGCUCCGCCCGGCGGGGCCGGCUGGCUGCCGCCCUGAGCUUCGUGGGGCAGCACACCCUCAAGAGGGUCCGGCCGGCCGUCCUGGGCAGGAAGGUGGUCAUCUUGGUCACCAGCGGCCAGAAGCAGGACCUGGAGGGCAUCGAGGAGGUUGCCCUGCAGUACGAAGCUCUGGGGAUCGUGCCGGCGGUGCUCACCUUCGGCCCCCUGCCCGAGGUGCUGAAGGCUUUCCAGGUCAACAACCUCUUCCGAGUGGUCCAGCUGCCCCUGGCAGAGCCAGCCAGGGAUGAGGAGGUGCUGAGGGAGUCUGUGCUGCCCUGCGUCCUCUGCUUCGACCUCUGCCACCCCGGGGGCUGCCCCACAGCCGCGCCUGACCUGCUGGGCUUGGACUUGGCCUUCGUGGUGGACAACGCAGCCCCGGCGAUGCCAGCGGCGAGGCUGGAGGCCGUCGGGCAGCUCUGCCAGCACCUCCUGGCGCAGCUGGCAGGGCCGCAUCCUGCCCAGCACAGCACCCGCGUGGCCCUGGUGCUGACAGCCCCCUCCACCCCGGGGCAGGGUCUGGCCGAGAUCCCCUUUGGGCCUCCCAGCUCCGGGCGGCAGCUCCGGGAGCAGCUCCUCCUGGCGCUGGUGCCCAGGGUGGCCUCAGCACCCCUGGGUGGCACGGUGGCAUGGACCCUCCAGCACGUCUUCCCUCGGAGCUCUGCCAACCGCCUCCGUCUCCUCCUCGUGGUGGGGCCGGGGACCACGGCCCCGUGGGAUGGGGAAGCCCAGAAGGCUCUGGAAGCCUUCUCCCAGUGUGAGGACCUGGGGGUCUUGGUGGUCUCCUUGGGGCGAGCAGGGCCGGAGCGAGCAGAGGUGGCGGUGCCCAGGGUGCUGCCAGCCUGGAGGUACCAUGCCCUGCGCCUGGGCACCGUCCACCCUCCCGAGCUGGGCUACGUGGAGAGGGCAGCGCUGGGCUUCCUCAGGAGGCUGCAGGCACACAGCAGCCAGCGCCCCCCCGCCCCGGGCUGCCCCCAGGAGCUGCUCCCCACCAGCACUGGCACCGGUGGCACCUCCCCGGGGACCCCUGGGCGGUGAGUGAGUGGCACC